GGUGCAAUUUCCCAAUUCUGAAAAAUUCGAUCAUCUCCUAAAUAUCCACUGCCCUUUAACGGCAAUGAUUGAGCAAUGACCCUCAAACAAAUCCAGAAGUUGAAGGCUCAAAUCUCCGUAGGCUCGUCUGUGCACAGACAUUCGCACACUCCGCGUGAAGUGUGUGUUCUUUUGGGUCUUGCCGGACAUGAGCCUCCUCCGAAGAACCUGCGCAAGAUUCUCCCCCCAAGUUCAGGUAUUGGCGAAAAGGUCCCUAACAUCUCUCAAACUUCACGGGGAAAGUCUUGAUGAUAUCACCUCCCCUGCUCUUAUCCAUGGCAUUCAUGUCUUCCACUGCCCUGAUGAAGUGGGAAUUGUGGCCAAAUUAUCUGAAUGCAUAGCUUCAAGGAGUGGCAACAUUCUUAGUGCUGAUAUUUUCGUGCCAGAAAAAGAGAAUGUCUUUUACUCCAGAAGUGAGUUCGUCUUUGAUCCUGCUAAAUGGCCACGGGAGCAAAUGGAUGACGAUUUCUCAAAGCUUUCAAAAAUGUUCAGUGCAAUGAGAUCUGUUGUUCGCGUGCCCAGCUUGGAUCCUAAAUAUAAGAUUGCAGUCCUUGCUUCGAAGCAGGACCAUUGCCUUGUUGAUUUGCUGCAUGGGUGGCAGGACAGAAGACUCCCAGUUAACAUCACAGCUGUGAUAAGCAGCAAUCAUGAUAGAGGUCCAAACACCCAUGUGAUGCGAUUUCUUGAAAGGCAUGGAAUUCCUUACCAUCAUUUGGACACAACUAAAGAAGGCAAAAGAGAAGAAGAUAUCUUGAAUUUGGUUAAGGAUACAGACUUCUUAGUACUUGCUAGAUACAUGCAGAUUCUCUCAGGAAAUUUCUUGAGAAGUUAUGGGAGGGAUAUUAUUAAUAUUCAUCAUGGGCUACUGCCCUCCUUCAAGGGUGGGAAUCCAUCUAAACAGGCCUUUGAUGCUGGUGUGAAAUUGAUUGGUGCAACAAGUCAUUUUGUCACCGAAGAGCUUGAUGAAGGCCCCAUCAUUGAGCAAAUGGUGGAGAGAGUUUCCCACAGAGAUAACUUGCGGAGUUUUGUACAGAAAUCUGAGAACUUGGAGAAGCAAUGCCUUGCAAAAGCAAUAAAGUCAUAUUGUGAACUGCGAGUUUUGCCUUACGAGAAAAACAAGACUGUUGUAUUCUGAGGCUGAUGAUGCAUGGUGGACGUAGAAGCUAAAAUUUUGUGCCUGGUCGAGUCAGUUGAGAAAAGUGAAAUUCUUGAAAUUUCAUCGUCAUUAUCUUCCAGCAUGAACAUGUACUGGACUUGAAGAAAUUUGGUUUCAAAUUUAUCAUCAAAUGUUUGUGGAGGACAAAUAAUUUGCCUGAAAUGAAGGUAGAUAGUAGAUAAUUUGCAUGAAACGUGAUGACAGUA